GUUUAGCUUAAACAUCGGAGCAGUGGAAAAUUCUCGCGGUGUAUUAGAACCUGAAGGGGUAUACAAGAAAGUUUUUGGCAGGUGACAAAGAAAAGCUGGACAAGAGUCCUUUUAGUAAUGUGACAAGUGUCUGCAAAAACUUAAUGUAAAAUCCAAUAUGGCUGACAGUCCAGGAGGGAAAGAUGGUCAAACUAGUAAUACGGUGGAAUCAAGAGGCGAAGAAGUGACUUCUACUAAUGAGACGAAAGUAGCUGAAGAAGAGACAGAUGCAGUUGAAGAAGGAAAUGAAGAACCUGUUGCGGUGGCUGAUGAGGAAGAGACAAAAACAGAUAAACAAGGUGAUAGACCAGAAGACCAGGAAGUAAAAGUAGCAAAAGAACCUAGUAGAGGUGAGGAACCAAGUACGGCAAAAGGUCCUGGUGAUCUGAAACCAUUGUCAGAUGUUGGAGAACUGAGUGCAGCAGAAGAGAUGGAUGACGGAGAACCUGAGAAAAGUGUGUUUGAUGAUACGGAGCAGGUCAGUAAGGAACCCACUUCUGAAGAAGAUCAAGGAGAGGAGGUUCCUAAUAUGAAAACAGAACCCAAGAACAAUGAACCUGUGAGUGAAACAGAUGGAGGAAAUGUAUGUACGAGUCUAGAAGAAGAGAUGGAAGAAGACAAAAACAAAGGGCCAGUAGAACAAGGACUGGAGGAUGAUGAUACAUCAAAGGUGGCUGAGGAAGCUGUAGAGGAUAUCGGGGCAUUGAGUGAAGAGCAGGGGAGUAAAGCCAAGCCAGAUGAUUUGUUUGAACCUCUGGACACAGAACCAGAUGUCCGGCGGGAACUGGCUGAGGUGGAACCAAGCGCCAUGGAGGAAACGAGAAGCAAAUCGCGAAGCCCCGAUGAGUCUGCAGACGGAGAGCCUUUUGUGAUUGAAGAUGUGGAAGAGGCCAGUGGAGAAGGUACACAGGCUUCACUUAUGAAGGAAUCAGGGGAGACAACUGAGGACAGCUCAGCAGAAAAGAUUCUGGAGGCAGGGAGUUUACGUGUGGAGGAACAGCGCUUAGCGACGAAAAGGGGACCAGGAGAGGGUGAUGACAGCCCCGAGACAGACACUGCUACGGGUAGUCCGCCUUUAAAGCGAGAAAGAACAAUGGAGCCGGAACAUAACUAUUCCCGUGUACCCUCAAAGAAGGUGCAAGGGGAAUCACAGUCUUGUGAAGCAAGCGCACAGACAAAACUGUACAAGUUGUUGCAUGAGAAGCGCCAUGCUGUUAAAAUGCCUGGUUCUAAGGGGACAGCUCCGAAGAAGACGGUCGCCCCAAAGAAGGCUUGGAUGGUUUCUUUGUUGCCUGGACAAACCCCGGCCCCGGUCUCGUUCCAACAAGAUAACAUUCCUGUGCUGGACCCUGCGACAAAACAGGUUCAUAACGUACCAUCUGUGACGAACGCCACCGUGGCAAAACCUACAUCUGAGCUGGCCGAGAUGAUAUCUACAGAGCAUCUGUUCACCAUCGAGGUGAAGACCGUGUCUACCGUAGGGGGUGUGGCCAAAGCUAUGACUGUCACUGUUCUUAACGUUGCUGCCGUCAGCUUUAAGUGCAGCAAGUGCAGCCAGCCUGUCAGGGGUCCGAUUUUAUCAAAUCAACUCAAAAAUUCCAAGUCACACACCUGUAAAAUGGGGGAUCAGAAGUUGGCACAGCAGGUUAAGGUCGAUGUAGGCUCACCAGUAACCCGGUCAGCCUCAAAAGCUCUUAUGCUAGCAACACUCCAAGCUGCUGAUGAUGCCAAGCUUGGCGCGAAAAGGCGAGCCAAGAAUGCUUUAGGUGUAGCAAGCACAGGUUUGCUUUUGCCAACGGGAUCGUCACAGCCCCCGGCAAGUGUUAAAGUGAGUAGGGCAAACCCUAGGCAACAGACAAGGGGUAGGCCAAGAAAGUAUGUUGUCACUCAGGGUGAGCAACCCAAAAGACCUGAAGAUAAAGGUGAGGAGAAAGAAGCAGUUGAUAAAGGUGACAAAGGCAAUGAAAAGGAGAAAGAAGAUGAAGACGAAAAGCUUUCGUCCAAAAGCGAACAGCUUGCGUUCAUUGAAUCCCAAUAUCAGGCAAGACGCUGGAAUUUGAGGAGAAGAAACAAAAAAAAGAGGAUUGUAUCGGACGAAAGUGAAGGUGAUCAGGACGAUGAUGUUGAUGAUGACAAUGAUGGUGAUGAUAGUGUAAAGGAAACGAAGGCUGUCAAAAAAAAGAAGGGUGUGGAUAGUGAGGGGGAUACAGACGAAAAUGAAGACAGUAACCAUGCUCUUGGAGGAGAGUAUAAGGAGAUGGAACAGGUGAAAGACAAGACAGGCAUUAAAAUUGGAGGGGGGAGACCUCCGAAACGAGAUUUUUGUAUCCAGUGCUACCUCAAGCUCGACCAUGUGUGUAAGAUCAAGCUUAUGGCAGACAACAGGAAGGCAUGCAAAACCUGCAACUUCUGCGGAAAGUCUUUCAAGACGGUUAACAGCCUUAAUCAGCAUGUACGCGUCCACACGAAUGAAAGACCUUUUGAAUGUAAAGAAUGUGGAAAAGCAUUUCGCAGGACUUCUACCCUCUUUGAGCACAUGCGGAUCCAUGGUGGGGAAAAGCGCUUUUUGUGCUCCAUCUGCGGAAGAAAGUUCCUGCGCAAGAGCGACCACACAGCUCACUUGCGAAUACACAACAAUGACUUCAGACACCGAUGCACUGAAUGUGGGAAGGGAUUCAAAGGAAAUGCCCAGCUGGAGGUACAUAUGCGGAAGCACACGGGAGAAACACCUUUUCUUUGCACGGUUUGUGGACGGAAGUUUAAGCAUCCGUUCGGACUCCGUGUGCACAUGAAGUAUCACGAAAUGGUGGAAAAUCCGCUACGGUGUACGGAAUGCGAGAGAGUGUACGAAGACCCAGAUGAAUUAAGGAUGCACGAUUGUCCGUAUGGAAAGCAACACAUGUGCUCUGUGUGUGGGAAAACAUUCGCCAACCCUUUUGCUAGCAAAGGUCACAUGAAAAUCCAUCUUCGACCCAACCCGUCAGUGUGCAAGUCGUGUCAUGUGACUUUCCCGAACGAACGUGAUCUUCAGCUGCACCAAGAUGAGAACAUCGUCAAGUGUUCCGUCUGCGACAAAACCAUCAAAGAAGCCAGGAGCUGCAUGCUGAGUGCCUUGCCAGGAAAUCCACUCAAAGGGAAGAAGUUCAAGUGUUGGAAGUGUCACAGCGAUCAGGCGGGUGGCAAGGCUGGUCCUGAUGGAAAUGAAAAGAAAGAGGAAAAGCCAGAAGAGCAACCUGUACAGCAGCUUUCCUCAGCUGCGGUACUCCAACCACCAGAAGUUAUGUCUCCGAUUGCCCAGCCGCUACAGCACAUGCAACCCGUUGCCCAGAUGACAGAUCAUCCUAGUCAACAUCUACAGCAGCAACAACAACAACAACAACAAGUGCUUCCACCUUCCAUGUCCGUGAACCAUUCAAUGCAGUCAUCUUCACCAAACACUUCGCAAGCAGUUGGGACAUAUCACAUUGGCGAACCAACCGCUUUGCAGCUCGGCCAGCCGAUUCACUCCGCUCAAUCCAUGCAGCCUGUCAUGGCACCAAUGGAUCCCGCCAUGCAGAUGGCGUCUGCGCCAGGUCACAUGACCCAGCCCAGCCAAUCGGAGCAGCACAACCAAUUAUACCAGCCUCCGCACACGGAGUACUCUUCAAUGAUCCAGCAAGUGCAGAACGAGCCUAUUCACUACUCGACACAGCAGAUGCAGCCGAUGCAGCAGUAUCAGCACCAUCCGCAAACCCAUCCGCAACCCCAUCCACAGCCUCAUCCGCAUCAGCAGCAGGCGCAGUCGCAGCAUCAGCUAGACAUGCAGAACGUCUACCAGCUUCAGCCUGUCCAACAACAACCAUUGCUCCCUCAGCAUAAUAUUUUGCGCCGUUUGUGAAAAUACUGUUUCUGAGUUGUUCAGUGAACUAAGGCAAGGUGGAUUUCAGUUUCAUUUUUAUUCCAUUCUUUCUUUUGUUUUUUACUGCUUACCUGUACCUGGGCUUAAAAGACAAAAUGAAAUUGGCGUGGCUCCAAGCUUUUCCCAGCCCUUCUAAACAAUAUUUUAGUAAUGAGGAACUCCUUCUCGCCUGUAUCAAGACGGUCCAAAACUGUGAACUCAUUUCUUCUUUCCUUUAUUACGUCACAAUUAUUGGUGUAUGUGUGCUCAUAAAACGUAUAUGAAGUACACAUGCACUGCAAUGUCACAGCAGAAAACGAUGUGCUCUACCUUCAUUCGGAACGUCUGUGUAUCUCGUCCUCCAGUCUCGGAUUGUGUAAUGCCAUAUUUACGCAGUUUGAUAUCUCAUAUCCCCUGGUCAAAUGCGAUCAUAAUGCAAAUUCUCUCAGAUAAGCUUUCAACGGAAGAUCCAUUGACAGAGAGAAGUACCUGUAGUUCACAGUUUUACCUCGGUGAUCCAGUUCUGAAUACAGUCUAAUUCAUUGAUCUGUCUGAUUGAAAAAUAGUUUAAACAGUUUUGUCCAUCAUCAUAGUCCACAUCAACAAUGUACUGUUUAUUCAAAUGACUGAUUCCUGUGUGAUUGCUUUAUUCAAACACAUAUUUUCAUAUGCUGUACAUAAUUUUUUGUUAACUGCAAUUUUUCUGUUAUAACGGACUAUUUUAUAUGCAGGUACAAAAAAGGUGUUACUGGUCUUACUUAAUGGCAUAUCUGUUAUAUGUCAAACUUUAAUUGUGGCCUUCACAAUAGAUGAAUUAUUCAGGCUUGCUUUGCCAAACAUUUUUUUUUCUCAGAAGAUAACACAGCAUUUAGCUCAGAAGCACUUCUGUCUUGCAUUACCUGGCAUCCAGCAAAAAGUCUAGUAUAAAAACUGUUUUGCAAAUGUUAAAAAAGGACUGAUGCAUGCUUCAAAAAGAUGACAUUAAAUAUUGAUUGCGUUGAAGUGCAUAGUGCACUGAUACUUAACUGUUCAUAACAAUUUCAUAUCUGAAUUUUAACUGGUUUAUUAGCUUCUACUGAUGAGCUUGUCCACAAACUGAUGAGCAGGAAGACAUCUGAGUACGCAUUAAGCAGCUGCCAUCGAGAGCCAGUCAAAGUGCUCCGAGAUUAUGUAACUGCCAUAUGUUGUUGACACAUUUUUUGCUUGAUGCCAGGGACUGAUUCCUCAUAGCCAUUUCUGACAUAAGUCAAUAUAUGAAAUGGGAUCUUAAAGUUUAUUUUUAGAUUUCAGAAAUUAAAAGUUUCUCCAUUUCAUUAAUGUUAUCUUUAGACAAACGCAUGCAAAUUUCAACUUCCAGUACGAAAAACUAAGCAUUGUGACCCAGUUUUAAACAUUGACUUACAUGUAAGUCAGAAAUGGCUUUGUGGAACCCGUCCCAGGUGUGUACAUGUACGUGGGAGCAGAAAGUGGUUUUAUGCCACUACAAUGUUCUGAAGUGCCAUAAUGAUGAAAUCACACUCCCCACAGUGCAUGCACUGCUUUUUAUUUCACCUCACAUCCCUGCCACCACUAGCAAAUUUCUUUGCAGAAAUCUUGAACAAAGCUGAUGUCAUCGGGGUCAUGGUGAUGAGGGAGAACGUGAUGUCAGAAAACACAAAAACUCUUGUCUCGACCUUUGAUUGUAAUAUACAUGCAUUCUUAUAAUGUACAUGAUUCUAACGUAGCUGCAUCAGUGUGGUUCAGCUGAUGUAACGAUGCACUGACAUGCCGAGCAGACAGAGCCACACUGACUUCUGGUAUCAAACAGGUUGUAGAACAUAUGGUUUUUAGCAAAGUUAUUUUGUCCUGAUCUGCAUAAAACUGUUUCUGUGAAGACAACAUAUAAAGAGACGCUUCAAAACAAACGCGCAUUAUCCCUGCUCCAGUAUGUAUGACAAAAUCAGUUGAUGUUGACGCACAAGUUGCCUUCAUUUUGAUGGGUUGGUCGCCAUUUUUGGCUGCCAUACUCGCUGUCACGUGACCCGGGGAUUUGCGUGUCACAAAGAAAACACUUGGGACAUGUCUCAAUGCUGUGGUAAAAUGACAGCCGCAAAUAAUACAAUUCCCGCUUGACAUCUGGCCCUUCUGAUGUUUCUGUGGUACUGUGUGUGACCCUUGGCUACAAGUGCGGGAAACUCAGUAAACAAAACCAUGUGAUGCAAAGACCGGGGUUUCACAAUGUCACAUGACUUGAAAUUGAAUAUAGCAUGAAAUUUAGAGUCCAAACAUAGCGAAAGUACAUCGAAGGAAAGAUGUUUCAUCAAGAGACCAAGGAUUUACUCUACUCAUUGAUCGGAACAUAAAGCUAAAGCCACAGUUGUAUGCAGACAUAAUUUAUCUCUUCAUUGAUUUGUAAAUCUACAAGGUUGGGGUUUUAUUUAAGAUUUAAGGCUGCUCUUAAGGUAAAACAGCAAGCUCCUCUGGGAUGAUUCCAGGUGUGUGUAGAGCUGACCUAGCUGCUCGGUAGGGUAGUACACUGUUAAAUCUGCUUCACCUGUGGAGCUGGAUUCUAACCUUCUUAGUCUAUAUGAGUCUUCGUGCUGUGCAGAGGCUCCAGACAUCAAGUUUGUCCAGUGGAGGCUGUGAAUAAAGCGAAUGUAGAGAGCAGCACUUGCAGUGCGAGGAGUAUGGCACGAAGUAGUUCCCACUCUUUCACAGUGUCCUCAUAACUGAUUAUGAAUACAUUUAUUACUUGAUUAUGAAUCCAUUUAUUACUUGAUUAAGAAUACAUUUAUUACUGAUUGUGAAUAAUACAUUUAUUUCUGGUCAUGAAUAUUGCAUUUAUUACAAGAGCAUAAUCUUUUUUUUUUUUUGUGUAGAACUUCUAGAACACAAAAAGACAUCCGCAUUUUCCUUAAGCAGCAUGCUGUUGGUGCCAUCUUUUCCUGUAGACUCUUAGGUUGUGACUAGUUUAAUUGAAAGGAGGACAAACUCCAUUUUAUAUGAACGCAAUAUGUACGUUUUCAAUAUGAACUAAUCAGUGGUUCACAGAGUUUGAUGUUGUUCCACUUUGUAUAUCAUUACGACAAAUCUCAACCCUGUGAAUACUGCUUAAAGUAAAAGGAAACUAAAAUAUGAAGUAAGGUUCAUCAUAAAGACAACUGAAAACCAUGCGUAGAAAUACUUUCAUUUAUUUUUUCAAAGUGUUGAAAGGCAUCUAAAUAUUUGAAAACUAUGGUGGAAUUGAUGAUACGUACUGAGAGUAGAAAUGAACUCUGACGUCACUUUCACCUUUUUUCCUGAUCUUCACCAGAAGGAAGGAAUUUUUGGGAACAUUAUUUCGGUAACCUUUCGUGGGUAAAAAAAUAGUUAUUCCAACAUUCAGUAUCAUGAUUAGAGUUUGAUAAACUUCCUGUGAUGUCAAAGUUCCUGACCUCUGAUAGCAUGGUCUCAAAUAAAGCCCACCUUAUAACUUAAGUGUUUGAGUGCCUUUAACUCUUUACAAAAAUCUGAAACAAUAAAUGAAAGUAUAUUUUUUUAGAUGAAGAACAAAUGAUAUUUACCUGGAUUGGAAUGUUAUGAAAGUAUUAAAAACCCUGAAGUCAUGUACAAUAAUGAACAUUUACAUAUAGUUUUGGAAUUUUCAUUUUAAUAUUUUAACAGAAAUUUGCUUUGCUAUUGACAAUUUUUGACACCAAACCAGUGGUUACUAUUGUUCUUGUUACAGAUGACUGCUUGUUAAUGCUUGGAGAUGUUAUAAAUGGCAUAUUAUGGUACCAAAUUCUUCUGUACAUAUAGAUAUGUAUCACGCUUUGUCAUUCAUUGUACACUGUUGACUGAUGAACAUAAUAUAUUAUUUUUCUCUA